GGUAGAGCAGCCAUCUGAUUCCUCCUCCCCCUGUAUGACACUGCAUCUGUACCAGAGCAAACAGUGUAUUAUCAAAGCGGUUGGAGCGACGGUGUUUACCCAUUUAUCCAGCUUGACGAGUUUCCUGUAAAUGUAGAAGACUUUUGUUUGCCUCACCAUUUGCCAAGGAGCCAUUUUUCAUUACUUUGAGAUCAUCAUGAAAACAACGGGAAUUCUGGGGAUAAAAUAAGAAAAGCCACAUUAAAAAAGCUAUCUGGCUGAAAAAACUGAUAAGGAAACCUCAGAAAAGAAAAUCGGGGUGAGGAGUGAAAGGAGUCAAAAGGAGGCGUGGCAGCAAAGGAAGGGAGAGAGAGAAGAGUGGAUGCUCCCUACAUCCUGAGAUGCUUUGCUGGUUGAAGGAGGACGAGAUGUCGGUUCAGGAGCUGCUGCAACGAGUGCAGUGUGUCAUCACACAUGUCGAUGAGAUCAUGCAGCAGGAGAUCAGACCCCUGCUGGCUGUGGACAUAAUAGAGCAGCUUCAUCGCCAGUUUGCCUUACUUUCAGGAGGGCGAGGAAAGGAUGGCGCCCCUAUCAUCACUUUCCCAGAGUACUCAGGCUUCAGUGAAGUGCCAGAGGAAGAUUUCCUUAAUGUAGUAACCUACCUGACCAGUAUCCCCAGCUUGGAUGCUGCCAGCAUCGGCUUCAUCAUCAUUAUUGAUCGGCGGAAGGAUAAAUGGAGUUCAGUGAAGGCCUCUCUAUCCCGGAUUGCUGGUGCAUUUCCAGGAAACCUUCAGCUGGUGUUGGUGCUGAGGCCAUCCAGAUUCUUUCAGAGGACAAUAGCUGAUAUUGGAAUAAAGCUGCACAAGGAUGACUUCAAAAUGAAGAUUGUUAUGCUGAACUCUCUAUCAGAUCUUCAUGGGUAUGUGGAUAAAAGCCAGCUGACCCAGGAAUUUGGAGGUAGUCUCGAGUACUCUCAUAGCCAGUGGAUACACCACCGAACUGCCAUAGAAAACUUUGCCUUGACGGUGAAAACUACAGCACAGCUGCUGCAGAGGUUUGGUAUGGAGCUGGCAGAGACAGAGCUUCCCAAUGACGUGCAGAGCACCAAAGACCUGCUCACAGCGCACACUGACAAACACAAUAACCUCAAGGAUGAGCUGAAGCUAGCUUUAAGACAAGGCAGCACCUUGUUUACCUGCAUCAAAGAUCAGGCAGCCAAGUCGGAGAAUCACAAACUCAACCCCGAUGAGAUGGAGAACCAAACCACUGUGGAACGGCUCCUCGCCCAACUUGACGAGACAGAGAAUGCUUUUGAGCAGUUCUGGUCGACGCAUCAUCUGAAGCUGGAGCAGUGCCUGCAGCUGCGCCACUUUGAACAGGAUUUUAGAGAGGUUAAAGUAUCUUUAGACACUCUGAUGGACUCUCUAAAAGAUUUAUCUGAUACUGGAGAUUGUGUGGCCAGAGUGGAACAUCUGCUGAAAGAGCUCAAAGCCCUUGAGGAAAAGGCUCAGUCCACAGUGGAAAAGGCCCAGCUCCAUGCCAUGCAUGGUGACCAGCUCAUCCAAAGCAACCACUACGCCGUGGACUCCAUCCGCCCAAAAUGUGUGGAGCUCCGGCGGGUCUGUGAUGACUUCAGCAAUGAGGCCAAGAAGAAGUCUGAUGUUUUAUCCAAAGCUUUGCACAUACACAUGGGUAUUGAGAAGGUGAACCAGUGGUGUGAGUCAGGCAUCUUCCUGCUGGCUUCCCAAGCUGUGGAUAAGUGCCAGUCACAGGAAGGGGCAGAAUCAGCUUUAACAGACAUUGAACACUUUUUGGAGUCGGCAGAAAAGAACCAUGUGACAGAACUGAAGAACCUUCACAAGCAGUAUGAAGUUGUCCUGUCAGAGGAUAUAAAGGGCAACAUCCUAAAGGCACUCAAAAGACUGGAGGAUGUUCAAGAGAUGUUUGAGAAGAGACAUGUAAGCUUAAAGAGGCUGUCAGCAAAACAGACAAGGCCAAUUCAGCCAGUUGCCCCACGGCCUGAGUCGUCUUCCAAACGUCCAACACAAAAAAACCCCACCAGGACUUCUGGGGUUCAGCAGCCCUUGGCUCGAAAGCUGUCUGAUAACUCCAACAGUAACAAGCAACCAUCUGAAUCUGAUCCUAACAACAAAAAGAAGAACAUACGCAAGACCAAGGGAGGCAUAAAGAUUGAGGUGAUGCAUGAGGAAAGCCAGGGAGGCUCUACCCAUGUUGCUGUUUCAAAUGAGAGUGAGGAGAGUCUGUCCAAAAGACGCAGACACAUCAUGAUUGAACUGAUUGAAUCAGAAAGAAUUUAUGUGGAGGAAUUACAAAGCAUCAUGGAGGGUUACAUUGCUGAGCUGAAUAACUCGGAGCUCAGCCACCUCACCCCCCCAUCACUGGAGAACAAGAAGGAUGUGCUGUUUGGCAACCUCCCAGAAAUAUAUGAGUUUCACAACAAGACGUUCCUCAUGGAGCUGGAGAACUGUGCGGAGAACCCAGAGCUGGUUGGAACCUGUUUUCUGAAGAGGAAAGAAGAACUUCAGGUGUAUGAGAAGUACUGUCAGAAUAAGCCCCGCUCUGAGGUUGUGUGGCGACAGUGUGGAGACAGCCUCUUCUUCCAGGAGUGCCAGAAGAAACUGGACCACAAACUGUCCCUGGAUGCCUACCUGCUGAAGCCUGUUCAGAGGAUCACCAAAUAUCAGCUUAUGCUUAAGGAGAUGUUAAAAUGUAGUAAGGGUGAGGGGAUGGCUGAGCUGGAAGAGGCUUUAGCUACCAUGCUGAACAUCAUCAAGUCUGUCAAUGACUCCAUGCACCAGAUAGCCAUCACUGGGUUUGACGGAAACCUGAGUGAACUGGGGAAGCUGCUGAUGCAGGGAUCCUUUAACGUGUGGACUGACCAUAAGAAAGGCCAUAGCAAGGUGAAGGAUCUGGCCAGGUUCAAGCCCAUGCAGAGGCACCUCUUUCUGUAUGAUAAGAUGCUGCUGUUCUGUAAGAAACGGGAGGAGACCACAGAGGGACACGAGAAGACUCCAUCCUACAGCUUUAAGCACUCACUAAAGAUGAGUGCGGUCGGGAUAACAGAAAAUGUUAAAGGUGACAAUAAAAAAUUUGAGGUGUGGUACAAUGGCAGAGAAGAAGUCUACAUUAUCCAGGCUCCCUCCAUGGAUGUGAAGAAUAUGUGGGUGUCAGAGAUCCGUAAAGUUCUUACAGGCCAGCUAGAAGCAUGCAGAGAGGCCAGCCAGAACAAUAACUUUGGAGUCCCCAUGAGGAAUGUCCGUAAGAUGGCAUUGCGACAGUCAGAUUCAUCAAGUCCAGAGUCAGGAUUCAGGAGAGCAAAUCCUAGUCCGAACAUGAGGCUGAAAAAAGUUGAUACUUCAGGCCACUCAGCUGUUAAUGCUCGGAAGCAUUUCACCUUGCAGGGACUUUCCAAUAGGCGGUCUCUUCCAACAGAACCCACUGCAAAAGAGGCAGAGGUCCCCCGCCGCUUCUCUCUCACUUCCUCUAUUGCCUCCUCUUCCUCUGCCAUGCGACGCACAAAAGGUCCCCUCUCUGCUAGCAUUAAGAGCAAGAGACAAGAGAUAAAGAGUGAUCCCACUCCAUUUGGUUACGAAGAUACACUACGUGGUGCAAUGGCUGCAGGCGGGAAGCGGCAGAGCAUGACUAGCAGCAAUGUUGGUGGUGCUGGUAGCACAGCAGCUGUCCCCAGGUCAACUUCCCAGCCAGGCUGGACCCAGAGACGUCUCCUCUCCAUGGACACAGAGGACUUUGAGACGAUUCCCUCCAGUGGAGAGGAAUCCUCGAACUCUUCUGAGGAUGAAGGCAAAAAUAAGAAUGGUGACAGCAGCCGUUACCGGGUGCAGCUGACAUACGCAUCUUGUGAAGCAAAGGAUCUCUCUCUGGGAACCAGUGACAUGGUCCAGUUUCUGAAGGAAGCAGAGAAUGAAAACUGAUAUCUUCAAUGAUCUGUGUACAGCAGCACUCUCCAACUCUGAAGAAAAUGACGUUAGUACUUGGGAAGAUUCGUCUCAGGACUACAAAUAAAUAUCAGUGAACUGUUGUAAUGUAUUUGACUUUGGUGUCAGGCAUUGAUUUAGGUCAAUAACUGCAGUCUUUAAGAUGCGACUUAAAAAGCUUUUAACCACUUGUAGUUCUUUUUGAUGAACUACAAAUAUGCCUUGCUAUUGUUCUUUAAUUGCAAUAUUUUUCAUGUUUGAUUCAUUGAUCAUUGUUAGUGAAACUCCCAAGGGAAGAAGCUGGAACAUUACUGUUGGAAAGCCAUGUCCUCUAUUUGUAAAAUCCUUUUUACUCCCAUCUAGUGGAGCAACUAUAAACAGUAAAAACAUCCCGUAAUUCCAGAUGUACAGUCUCUUUAGAAACUAUUUAGAACUAUUCACAUAUUGCCCAUUUUUAUUAUUAUUUUUAAUGCAAUCAGAAAUUAUGUUGUAUUCCAUAUUUAAAAAGUUGAAACUUACAUUAUUUACAUAGGAACAUUUUCUUAAAGCUGUUUUCCUAUGGUUAUUUGCUUUUGUGGAGAGGGAGGGAAUAACUUUUCUGUAGCCAGAGAGCCCUUCAGUGCCACAUCACUAAAAUGCGUAAAUGUUUGGUUUUUUCUGCCAUAUUCUGACCCUUUGUAGAGUGUUAGGUGUCUUACAUCAACAUCCAAACGUUUUGUCACACAGGUCAAAAUCAGGAAGUUGAAAAGACUCACAGAUCGAAACAAUGUAAAAGAUUUUUUUACCUCACCAACAAACUAAACAUGUUGUUCUAGAGUAAUGACUAAAGUUGUUUAAUGAUUGCAGACAAAUGAUCUGUAAAUCAGUGUGGACCUGAAGCAUAAAACGGUCUUGCCUGGUUGCACUUAAAAGAAAAGCAUAAAAUUUCCAUUUUUUGGUUUGAUUGACUUCCUUUUUGACCAAGAAAAUGUUUUAAGCUACUCUACGGAACAAGAUUGGAAUGUGAGUUUCUUUUUCUUUGAAAAUAAAAACAUUGCAUUCAUGUUUAAUGAAUGGCUUCGAGCAACACUGCUUAAGAAUAAAAGUUGCUGGACAUCUUGUUUAAAAUGAAAUCAGAAACCUGUUUUUUAAAAAACAAAACAUUUUUCAUUUUAAAAAGAACUCGUUCAAAAUCCCUCACCUUGAGUAUAAAUAUCACCACAUUAUAACUUUAAAAAGUGUCCAUUUGCAUUCACCAGCAUUGUUUUUAUUAUUGUUAAACUGUUGUUUUACUUUACAUAUCAUAUUUAAUACAUAUUUAUGAAAACAAAA